AUGGGAUUUUGCUUCGGUUUCUGUGCCUGCUUGGAGAGGCUGAAAGCCGGCAGAGGCGCCGGCUCAGCUCGCUCCGACCACGCCGACGAUGCCUUGGAUUCGUUUGACCUCUUCUUUGACCUCCACUCUCUGCAAAUCGCCACCAGUUUCUUCUCCGACCUCAACAAACUCGGUCACGGAGGCUUUGGUCCCGUUUACAAGUUUUUCUGUUUGCAUUCAUCAUUUCCUGUGCCGUCUGUUCUUCAGAUGCUUAUGGGUCUGAUGCCUAAUGGUCAAGAAAUAGCUGUAAAGAAGCUCUCUUUUGAUUCAAGACAGGGAGCUAGAGAAUUCACUAACGAGGUGAAGUUGUUACUGAGAGUUCAGCACAAGAAUUUGGUGAUGUUAUUGGGGUGUUGUGUAGAAGGACCUGAGAAGAUGCUGGUUUAUGAGUAUCUCCCAAACAAAAGCCUUGAUUACUUUAUUUUUGACAAACAGAAAUCUGGAACCCUGGAUUGGACGACGAGGUUUCGGAUAAUUAUGGGUGUGGCAAGAGGUCUUCGUUACCUUCAUGAAGAGGCCCCAGAAAGGAUCAUUCAUAGGGACAUCAAAGCUAGUAAUAUAUUACUGGAUGAGAAACUCCAGCCAAAAAUCUCGGAUUUUGGCUUGGCAAGACUCUUUCCUGGGGAGGACACUCAUGUAAAUACAUUUAGGAUUUCUGGUACUCAUGGUUAUAUGGCCCCUGAAUAUGCAAUGCAUGGGUAUUUGUCCGUGAAGACAGAUGUUUUCAGUUAUGGAGUCUUGGUGUUGGAGAUUGUCAGCGGGAGAAAGAACCAUGAUGGGCAGCUUGAAAGAGAAAAGGCAGACCUCUUGAGCUAUACAUGGAAGCUGUAUCAAGGAGGGAAGACACUGGACCUAGUUGACCCGACCCUGGCCAGGUGCAAUCCUGAUGAGGCAGCAAUGUGCGUUCAGCUAGGACUUCUAUGUUGUCAAGCAACCAUUGCAGACCGUCCUGACAUGAACUCUAUCCAUCUCAUGUUUUCGAGUGAUUCAUUUACUUUGCCAAGGCCAGGUAAACCUGGACUUCAGGGCCGUAGAGGACGUUGGACAACCACCUCUACUUCAGCUUUUACCAAUACUAAUGCUAGUAGUGGAUACACAGGUGCUACCAAAGCCUCUGCGGGGAGUAGUUUUGUUGAGGAGUAUUCUAGAAAUUCAAUUUCUCAUUCAUCGAUUGAUGAGGGUAGAUAA